UACACCGGCCACGAAAAUAUACCCACCAGUAUACAAGCUAGCAGAGUCACAGAAGAGACGUCCCCAACAGUAAUUCUCCUCCCGAAUGGCAGAAUGCUCGUCGUAGACCGGAGGGUCGUCCACACCGACAUGGAACUCAUGGAACUCAGCGCAGAUCUGAUCCAUCCUCAAAGACAGUUGGGCAGCACGCCCAGCAUUCUAGAUUCCAGCGAAACCAGCAAAGGUAUCUCGCCCACAUCCCUGGGGUGUCCGCCGCCCACUUACGAAGACGUGUUCCCAGAUUUCCCUCCCUCGUAUAGUGAGAUUAGCCUAAUGAACAAAAACUACGAAAGUAUCGAUUUGGAGAAUUCGAACGUUCGUGCGGUGAAUGAAAUGAACCAUAAUAUGAUCGAGAGUGGCUGUUUUGUCGUUAGUAACACGAACAGCGAACAAAAUUAUCGGGAUAAUCAAAAUAAUAACGAAGUGGACAGGGAAGUGAACAACGAAGACCAAGCGAAUAAUAAUUGUUGAGACGCUUGCGAUACGGUUGUUUAAAGUAAUAUUGUAUAUAUGUAUGGAUGAAGAGUCAAUUAUUCUCAAUGAACCUCGUUGGGAACCCUUUUGAGAAAAUCAAGAAACGGAGCUCUACGGUCUGGCUAAUUUCACCUUGUCUCUGUGAUGCACAAAGGAAAUAUGUAGAUUGUGAAAAUUUCAUAUGUUCACUUUCGAUUCAUUUUCCGUUUUCACUGCUUUCACAAUAGAUGAUCCAUCACGCAUUCAACAUUCAGAGAAAAAGUGAAAUUAGCCAAGCCGUGAGUAGUUUUUAUUAUAAGUUUGGAAAUUAUCUAAAAUUAUGUUCAAAAGACGUUUUAACAAAACAAUCUGUGAAGAAAAUAUCAAUUGUUUGACGAAGUUUUGGUCGAAACUUGUUAAAAAAUAAACUUGUAUUACGCCUCUCCAAG